CGCCAGUCGUGCGGCUGGAGGCUCAGUCCAGGACGCGCGGGAGCUGUGCUCACACUGUUAUUCUCUAAUCCGACUGCUGGAAUCAUGAUGUCUCUAAAGCUUAAACCUCAUGCGAAGUUCGUCCAGGAGGCGGAUCUGAACGACGUGCUGUGCGAGUUCGACGCCGUGAUCGAAGACUUCACGUCGCCGGUGGAGAAGCGACACUUCAGGUACGACGAGCACCUGAAGACCAUGAAGAGGAGGAGCAGCGCCAGCGUCAGCGACAGCGGCAUCAGCGACUCGGAGAGUGCAGAGCCACUCAACAGAAACAGCUUCAGCUUCAGCGAUGAGAGGCUGAACUCCCCCACCGCCACCUCACCUCCUCUCAUGUCACCAAAACCCAAACUGGGCGACACUAAAGAACUGGAGGACUUCAUUGCGGACCUCGACAGGACAUUAGAGAGCAUGUGACACAGAGGAUCCCAAUCAUCUUGGAGUGUAGCCAUGAGGGAGUGGAUGUCUGGACCUGCCCUUCCCCACAGAAACCCACCCACCAGAAUACAGCUGGAUGGCACAGCACCUGCCCAAUGGUUCCCCUAUGGCGUCGGGUACCGCCAGCGCCCUCCUAACUUAGGCCAGGCAACCUGGCUCUUGGGAGGACAAUACCGCAAGAAAUUAGCAUUGUAGGAAGCAUGAAGACGACGAUAUUCAGCAGCCAUGAAGUAACGGACUAAAUCAAAAGUCAUGAGAAUGAAGCCGUGACGUACACAUGACAAGGGUCACGCAGAGCAGGUCACACUCCCUCAUCCAAAACCUGAGCUGGACGAGUAUUUAAAAAUGGCUUCUUAUAACAGAAACAUAUUUGUAACUUUAUCAAGCUUUUGUGAAAUAUAUUUUUGUAUCUUAUGUAAAUAAUACAAAUUCUAUUUUCCUUGGUAUUAAUGCAACAGUCAGAUUAAGAUUUGACACUUGUUAGUUGGUUACAUGCUUAAAUGUGAAAACUUAAUCCAAUAAGGGAAAAAAACUGGAAAAAAUGUGUAUUUAAUUAAUCUAAUGCCUGCCAGAGAGAAUAUUAAAGUAUGAAAUACUGUUCUUUUAAUAA